AAGCAUACAAGUCUUGUUAGACAAAGCAUCGCAGGAUCUGCAGAUGAAAGCCAGAUGCCGGCGGAGGCAAAGCGCAGAAAACAAUGUAAGAAAACGAUUUUAUUGUAACCUGCGGAAAUUUAAACCGCUGUUGCGGUUAAAUGUUAAUUUUUGGAAAACGAAGAAACCUUUUACGGGGUAAUUAAAGAACCUGGGUUUUUAUGCUUUUGAUAGUAACUCGUUAGGGAAUAGUUACUAAGACAAAAGUUGAAGUGGUUGGAAAGAGGCAGUUAAAAGUCGAGAAGACCUCAAAUUGACUUGAAGCAUUUUCUGGAGAGCCUUUAAUAGCCUCAGUCGUGAGUAGAACACUGUGAAAUUCCCACCGACAGUUUACCCUGUCUUUGAUGAUUGAGAGACUAGGCAUGAAUUUCACAUCGAAUGCGACUGAUUUUGGUGCGGAGUGUAGCUUACCUCAACAUAGUGACGUGAUUCAGGCGGUCAAGGUGACAUCUUACUCACUCAUCCUCGUCUUCUCUGCCCUCGGAAACAUCCUUGUAAUUGUUGUGGUUCUGCGAACUCGUCAAAUGAGACGAACGAUCAACUACUUCAUCGUGAAUAUAAGUGUUUCCGAUCUCAUCGUGCCCGUGUUUGUGCUACCUCGAAUUUUGAUCGAAGAGACACGCACUAGCUUCUGGCUGCUUCAAGGCGUGCUCGGGGAAGCCACGUGCAAACUCGUGUACUUUUUCUCAGAUGCCUCUCCUGUCGUGUCUAUACUGAGUCUAAUUGCUAUGACUGUGGAUAGAUUCUGCGCCGUGGUAUUCCCCCUACAUGCUGGCACGCUCAUCACUUCUCGUCGUCGCUACUUACUCAUCGCCGCCACGUGGGUAAUCGCCUUCUUCAACGCCUCCCCUCUACUCUAUACCAUGACUCUCGACAACAACAACUUAUGCCAGCUCGAUUGGUCUCCCCUCGAUCACUUCUCCGCACAAAAGGCGUACAGCAGCACUUCAUCCAUUCUGUUCAUCCUUCUACCCUUCAUCAUUCUUACCACUCUGUACACCGUCAUCCUGGUCAAGAUUCGCGCGCAGGGGGGGCUCAACCGGCACCGCUCUGAGGCAGGGCGCCGAGCGGAACACCAGUCGUCGCGCCGGCUCACCCUCAUGGCCCUUGUCAUCGUCCUUGCGUUCGGAGUCUGCUGGGGCCCCCUUAACAUCCUCUUCUUCCUUCUCGUAUUCGUGUGGGAGUUUCGCCCGCAGUUCUGCGGGUUUGGCUCCCUCCUGAUGGCUGUGCAAUUCAUGUCGUUUGCAAACGCCGCCAUCAACCCGUGUAUUUAUUUCUUGUUGAUGAGAAACUUUCGUGAUGGGCUAAGAGGUAUGUUCACACGCCGAAAGCGCAAGGAUGCGUUGCUUACUUCGUCAAGAUUAACCUCCGAGAGUAGUGUCAGCAGGCUUAGAUCUCGGUGCGCAGAUAACACUAAGGCUAAAAUUCCCGCUAACAAAAAAAGUAAACUGACUGUUGUAUAAGUAUGCGUACUUUUUACAGUGACAAAAUUACACACUGAUGUAAAGUGUAAACGCGGCUUAUUUAUUACCUGUUUAUACAGUCUUGCUCAGGGUUUUAUCAAACGCCUAAUAACACAUAAACAUCGUAGUGCACAAGACUUAAGCGAGGAGACCCAACCGAGAAACAAGUAUCACUAAAACGAUAUCAUUCAAACUCUUUGAUAUCACACUCCGUUGAGAUCAGCUUGGAGACACCAAAAUGGGUGACUGUUAUCAUUUAAAGGGUAAAAAAUGUCUACAUUUUCGACGGUAGCCUUUUGAACGUAAAGCGGAUGUAGCAGACAUAUUUAGCUAACAUAUACAUUGUACACAUCCUUGAAAAACGCAAAAGAGGGAUAUUGUAAAUAGUCACCUCCUGCUAUAACGAUGAAAAGAAGGAGUCUAGCUAUAAUUCUCCGUCAUGUUCUUGAAUUCUAAAUUAGAUAAUGCCUUGUAAAAAAUCUUAAUUGAAUAGUUUACGUAAAAGUUAAAAUG